AUGAUGCACAGUUUGGCGCCGCGUACGAAAGUCCGUGUUUUGGAGCGAAUGAGAUCAAAUGGUUCGAGCAGUGACGAAGAUCCCUUCGGCUCUCCCCGGAAAAAUAAACGCGUCAUCCAACCCAACUAUUGGAAAGCACCCGACACAACGUACGACGUCAAUAAACGAAGAUUGAAAUUCAAUGUUUCUGGAACAAUUUUUGAAACUUACGAGAAAACUUUGGACCAAUUUCCAGAAACAACACUUGGUUGCCCGUUACUGAGACGCGAAUUCUACGACGCGUCAAAUAACAUGUAUAUCCUACCUUGCGAUAAAUUUGCAUUCGAUGCGAUUUUGUUCUAUUAUCAAUCGAACGGCAUUCUCUCACGGCCGGAAACGGUCGCUGGCGAUGUUUUCCGAGAAGAGCUACGGUUUUUUCGAAUUAAAGAUCACAGGUUUCCGUGUUUGGAGGAAUGCGAGAACGAAAAGGAACCAUGUUACGAAGAGGAUAAUUUUAAAAGCAAGGUUUGGGACUUCCUAGAAAAUCCUUCAUCCGGUAUUUGGGCAAAAAUAUUCAGUUACGUCACAAUGUUUCUCAUUGUUUUCAGUGUUGCAAUAUAUUUGUUAGAAACUCUGCCGGAAUUUUCGAACACUGCGAACCGGGAAAAUAGCGUCGAGGGUUCAAAAUCAAGUGUUGUUACGUCGUGGUUUAUUUUGGACACCGCCUGCAUUUCGUGGUUCUCACUUGAGUACCUUCUUCGGAUCAUCUUCGCGCCGAGUACGUGGUGGUUCGUAAAGUCGCCGUUCGGCUUGCUGGAUUUGAUUGCAAUUUGCCCAUUUUACAUAACACUGCUUGUGGAGGACUACGUUGGGUUAGACUCGCUUGUGGUCAUACGGGUUAUAAGAAUUACAAAGUCUCUGCGGUUAUUUAAAAUCUCGCGGUAUUACGCAGGGUUGCAGGUCUUUGGUCGCGCCGUUCACGAUUGCAGGGACAAAUUGCGCGCUCUUGGCAUGUGCGUUAUAAUCGUGGUCAUAUUAUUCUCGAGCUUCAUGUUCUUCGCAGAGAGCACCAUGGGAAACGGAGAUACGUCACAAUUUCGCAGCAUUCCUGAUACGUUUUGGUACACGAUCAUCACCAUGGUUACUGUGGGAUAUGGUGACGUAGUACCGAAGACGGUGGCGGGAAAAAUACUAGGCAGUUACUGUGCGUUAUGUGGGGUUAUUAUUUUAUACUGUUUCCCAACACCCAUCGUAGUGCUGCAUUUUAAUAAACUGUACAAGGAGUAUGUCGCUUCAAGCGGACAGAAUAUGAGCAAGGAAGAGAAAGCGCUGGUUAUGGCAAGAAGUUGA